AUGGACAAUGAGCAAGCUGAGCUAACAAAAUUGCGAACAAAACGAUAUCGCCGGGAUGCUUUGAGCCCAAUCAAGCACAAUGGCUCUGUGGUGCAAAUACUCGUCUCAAUGUUCCAUGCAGUGACAGUGUCACCUGUACACGAUAUACCGAUGAUCCGACGACGUGUUGUAACGGACAGUGUGUUUCUUACAAAUGUCCUCAAGGUGGCAUUGUGGUGA